AUGUUCUCUUUCAAUCCGUUUACCCAUUUUGCAAGUCCUGCCAAAACACAAGAAGACAAGAACCUUACCAACUUGUUGGAGUCCGAGUCCAAAGUCGCUUCCCAGUGGCUGCAGUUGGCACACAGUCGUCGUGUGUCUGCUAAUCAGCUCAUGACCUACGGACGCCCAUUAGGCGACGAUCUGACAGACGUCACAACAAAGCUAGGCAACCUGUUGAUCCAAUGGUCCAAUAUCAUGAUCGAUUUCUCAGACAGCUACAAACAGUAUCAGGCUACCAUGAAAACGAUUGCCGAACGCGAAAGCGCAUUGUAUCCGAGUCGAGAGAAGAAACGCCGCUUACAGGAAAGCAUUGAGAAAUUGGAGGAAAACCAUCCCGGCGCGGUAGACAAGCUCAUGGAUCUAAAGUCGCAACUUGCCGAAUUGGAACAGUUUACCGAACCGGAUGAAGUGGAAAUGGCCAAUUUUAAACGUAUAGCCGCUCGUGAAGCAUUCUAUUUACUGCUCAAUGGCAUGCAUGAAAUGGCUAGUAAAACGGAUAUCGUUGCCUCCUUUGGUAAAUACAUUGUCGACGAGUUGGAUGUGACUCCUGUAAAAUCGAACAACGAACGACGGCCCUAUCAAGGCACGGAACAAACAAACCGUGUCGUUGAGGAUGCCUGUCAAGCGAUACAAGACUGGAAACCCGACAGUGCCAAAGUUCGCCGCACCUUGACAUCUCAUCACGGAAGCAAUCCUUUGCUAACGCGUCGCAAGAAACGGGAAAAUGGCACCGAGAAAGACCUGCCGCCAACACCUUUGCCAUCGUCAGAAACGGCCGCCGAGCACGAACAGUCCGUCAGUGAUUCAGAACAGUUGACGGCAAAUGAGACUACAACUGCUGAUGAAACAGCGGAAGAGGAGACUGUGGCAGAAGAUGAAGAUAUUGAUGGUGUUGACGCGUCAGAUACCGUCGACGAUCCAUCUACCACCGCCGAGGAGGACAUUUCUGGAGUCGCUCCUUCCCCUGUAACAAGCGAAACUUCUUUUUACAAGCCCGAUGACGUCCGCGAGCACGAAACUGGUGAACCUUCUUCACCAUUGCCGCAGGGCCCCGUAUCCGAAGAAUCCCACGGAAUGCCACGAUCGCCCUUACUCUCGCCUCAUAGUCCCAAUGUCGGCGGCUUCUCGCCUAUUUACCUUGGGCUCCCAGAACAUCAAAAGCUUUACCAAUUUUACCAAAACUAUACCCCGCCCAAGCCGUAUGAGGAGAUGGCCCAAUUGCUGAGUCCUCAUGCUGUCUUUACACCAGCCUAUCGCCAUCACGCUCACAGCAACAGCAUGGAUUCUGCAAACCGGGCCGAUCCAGGAGGUUUUGUCUUGCCUUUUCAAAAUCCAAACAACCAACCACAUCACCAACGCUCCACAUCCAUUUCCAGCAAUACCAGUUUCCACUCCAACAGUGCCCACGAAGAUCACACCGCUCAUUCGUCUGACCUUGCCUUGAGCAAAGAUACCGAAGCGGAUGCCUAG